AUCAAUACUCGAACCAUGAGCAUUUUUCUUAAAACAAAAGUUAGAAGGUUUAAACUUAAGCUCUGUAAUCCUAGAAUCAACUACUUAUUGUCAGUUUCUAAAGUAGGAUAGAGAUGUAGAUAUAGAACAUAUACUGGAUUUGCAACAUACAUUCUGUUGAAGGCAGAAAAACUGAAAAUGAUAUAAGGUUCAAGUCUAAAUAGAAAUAAAUUCCCACCAAAUCACAGGCUUAUAUAAGCCUAAUCUCAUUCACUCAACAGAUGAAUUAGUUGUUUAUACAUGUGAGAUUAAAAUGUCAAAACCCAAUACAAUUUUAACUCUGUUACAAGGUUGCAACAGCCUUCAAAGGCUUAAAAGAAUCCAUACACACGUCAUCGUUAACGGUCUUCAACACCAUCCCGCCAUUUCCAACAAACUUCUCAACUUUUGUGCUGUCUCAGUUUCAGGCUCCCUUUCCUAUGCUCAACUGCUCUUCAACCAAAUCCAAAACCCACAAACUGAAGCUUGGAAUUCAGUCAUUAGAGGAUUUGCUCAGAGCCCUUCGCCUCUGCAAGCCAUUUUGUAUUACAAUUACAUGCUUUUGGUGUCUCUUUCCCGCCCUGAUACCUUCACUUUCUCCUUCACGCUUAAGGCCUGUGAGCAAGUUAAGGCGCUAAAUAAGUGUCUAGAGCUUCAUGGGUCCGUAAUAAGAUGUGGGUUUGAGACAUGUGUUGUUGUCUGUACCGGUCUUAUGAGGUGUUAUGCUGCUAACGGAUUGAUUGAAACUGCAGGGUUGGUUUUUGAUAAAAUGUCUGAAAGAGAUUUGGUUUCCUGGAAUUGCAUGAUUUCUUGCUAUUCUCAAGGGGGUAUUCAUGUUGAAGCUUUGAGGAUUUAUGAGAGAAUGAGAAAUGAGAAUGUGGGUCUUGAUGGUUUCACACUUGUGGGCUUGCUUUCUUCUUGUGCUGAUGUGGGUGCGUUUAACAUGGGAGUUUGUUUGCAUAGAAUUGCUUCUGAGAUGGGGGUUCUGGGGAAUGUUUUUGUUGGGAAUGCUCUUAUUGAUAUGUACGCGAAAUGUGGGGAUUUGGAUUGUGCUCUACGUGUGUUUAAUGGGAUGAAGAAGAGGGAUGUGCUUACUUGGAACUCAAUCAUUGUUGGGUAUGGUGUGAACGGUCGUGGUGAUGCAGCUAUUGCUUUCUUUAGGGAGAUGUUAAUGGCAGGAUUUCAGCCUAAUUCCGUUACAUUUCUUGGCUUGUUGUGUGGUUGUAGUCACCAAGGUUUGGUUGAAGAGGGUGUUGAGUUUUUUCACAUGAUGAUCUCCAAAUUCAAUUUGAAGCCUGGAAUUAAGCACUAUGGAUGCUUGGUGGAUCUGUAUGGACGAGCGGGGAUGCUUGAAAAGGCACUUGAAGUUAUUAGUAGUUCUUGUUUUAACAAUGAUCCAGUCUUGUGGCGAACCUUGCUUGGCUCUUGCAGGAUACAUAAAAAUGUCAAAAUGGGGGAAAUUGCAAUGAGGAAUCUGGUUCAGCUUAGGGCAUCAAGCGCGGGGGAUUAUGUGCUCCUUGCCACAGUAUAUGCUGCUUCCAAAGAUACUGAAGGAGUUGCAUCCAUGAGGAAAUUAAUAAAAAGUCAGGGCAUCAAGACCGCACCUGGUUGGAGCUGGAUUGAAGUUGGUGACAAAGUGCAUAGAUUUGUUGUGGAUGAUAAGUCUCAUCCAGAUAAAGAAAUGAUUUAUCUAAAAUUAAAGGAAGUAAUCCAUCGAGCUCGCUCUGCUGGUUAUGUGGAAGAGGAAUCUCCUUUUGCCUUAUCUGGACCCUCCUCUGAAGAUUGUUUGGAAACACCAAGUGCAUUUCACAGUGAGAGACUAGCCAUUGCUUUCGGAUUAGCAAGCACUCUAGAAGGGACAGAUCUCCGAAUAGUAAAGAAUCUGAGAGUAUGUAGAGAUUGCCAUUCAUUUACAAAGUUUGUAUCAAAAGCAUUCAAGCGGCGUAUAAUUGUUAGAGAUAGAGUUCGGUACCAUCACUUCAGGUAUGGGCUUUGUUCAUGUGGAGACUAUUGGUGAAUAAAGAGCAGUGAGAUCUCCCUUGGAAAUUAUCGUUAGUCAGGAACCGGAUGGAGCCUCUGCAUAUGAACCUCAGGUCAUUUAGUUCCUCGAUUAAAUUCCCUACUUGCCCUUGUUACAGCAACGGCUAAAUUGGGAAUAAAACGAAGGGAUAUUCUCCAUGAUUGCCUGAUAGGCUGAUACUAUCAAUGUGAAUCUGUUAGUUCUACUCUAACACCAGCAAUAAUCUACACACAAUAUACAUCAUUUCCUGUGGUUGCAUGGAUUUUGAGCCUUUGUGAAAGGAGAAGUCUCAAAUCAUAUUUUUGUCUUCUGGGUCAGGAACAUAAUAAAAUUAUAUAUUCAAAGAAUUCGUAUUUUCAUGUC